AUGACAGCAAGCGCAGCCUUGAUGGCUUCUUCAAUCUGUCUAGAACUUGAAGCCUCUUCCGCAAUCACGGCUGCCAGUACAGUACCGGGCUCGCGGUUCCCAUCAAUCUCCCGAAGAAGGGAAUUUGGUUCUGGUGGUUGGAAUGUGGCAGCGACUUUUGACUUUGAGAAAAGCAAUGGUGGUGGUCUAACUCUGGAUGCAAGAAAGGAGGCGCUCCGAGGAGAACUGGAAGCUGCUUGGAAGGAUUGCAAGUGGUGGGAGUCAAUUAAACUCAAGCCUCCGAUGGCGGUCCGCGGUAUAGGCUUUUACAAUUAUGGUGGUGAUAAUAUUCGCUAUUCGCUGUGCAUAUCGAUGAGGGAUGCGGAUAAGGAUAUCUAA